AUGCAUAGCCAUCACAGCACAUGUGGGAGUAACAGAACUGUAAAAAAGCAUAUUUUUAAACACCACAUCAGGAAAACAUGACCGCAGUUUACUAGUCCACUGAAAUAAAUUUGAAUAUUAUUUAAAGUUUUUCAGUCAUUUAACUAAAAAUGUAUGUGUAGUUGUUAACUUUAAUAGUUGUAUUUUAAGAGUAAUAAAAACACAAAAUUCAUAUUCCAAGAAAAUGUCAAUAUUAGAGCAAUAAAAAAGCCAAAAAUAUAUUUUAAAAAGUAUCCAUAUUUCUGUAAUGUAUGGUAAUAACGAGACAGGCUAACUGAAUUUCCUUUUUUAUUGCGAUGAACAACAACAAUCAUUUGAAGUAUAUUAUUUUGUGUGAGAUGAAUAUGUACAAUGUAUAAAUUCCCUUUUAUGAAUUAAUUGACUGGAAUAAAUGGCGUUUUUAAAUACAUUCAGACCUCUUGAUAUGAACACACGUGCAGGGCCCACUUAAACCGCUAACUCUGAGACCGAGUGAGGACGUCAGUCAGCUAUCUAGAGACAGGCCUAGUUGGAUAAACAUGAGUGAACAAGACGGUGGAGAUUUGCCGGAGCCCAAAAUUGAACAGCUCAUGGCCAAGCUAAGGAUGCUUCAACAAGAGAAGAGGCAACUUGAAGAGGAAGUCAAAGGUGCCCAGUCUGUGCAUGACGAUUUGCAAAAGGAGCUUGCAGAUUUACAAACCGAAGCUAAUGAACUGGAAGGAAUCCAUAAAGAUAAGAAAGAUGCAUCCAGCAAGCUGCAGUUGCAAUGUGAAGACUCUGAGCAGGACUUGAACAGGCAGUUGAAGCAGAACAAGACGAGCGAGGAAUUGCUGGAACACUACAGAUGUGAAAUCGAGGAAGUGAAGCUGAAACACAGGAAAUUGCGAAUAAGAUUUGAAAACCAACUUAUGCAACUGAUAGAGCAGCACAAGCAACUCGACUAUGUCUUUAAUUCAAAGAGACUCCCAGAUGAGUUGAAGAAAGGUGAAGACAUAAAACAUCAGCUGUCAUCAGCUGAACAAGUGAAGUUGGCUCAGCUGCACAAACUGGACGAAGAGUUAGAGGAGGCGAAGAAACAGAAGCAGUUUGAGACUGAAGAUGCACAGAUUCAUGAAUUAUCACACCUCAACGCGGCUGAUGAGUGGAGCACAAAACACGGCUCAAAGACAGAUGAGCACGUAUUGAAUGUGACAGCACUCAGAGGCUCACAUCCCAUCCCGUCUUAGGCUAGAAAAACAGGUCCUCUGAAGUGCCUCAUCUGUUCCAACUGCCUUCAGGCCUGCGGUCAGCUUGAACGGAAAACUUAGCAGCCGACGCAUGAAAGUAUUUCUGUUUUUCCAGCUCCUCUCUUCCUAAAGCACAUUAGUCCACAAAAACAAACUGUAAACAGACUAUCUUUUUUUUUUGACACACAUGCAAGAGAGAACGCACUAAUGAAUGAGAUGCAGCCGCUGCCGUGUGGGAAAUGUGACAAGAUUAAAUUAAGACACGCACACACUAAAAAGAGCUGGCAUUUAAGAGCUUUUUUAAACUCAAAAUUACAACCACAUGUUAAGGCUAUUCCUGCACAGUGACUCACUCUGGCUGAAUCAAGGAUAAAAGCUGUAAAACUGAACGGUUAUGUGCAUGCAGUUAAACUACUAUUGGAGUCUGCAAACCAGUCUUCCUUGCUCAACAGAAAGAGCUCUAUAAUCAAAAGGUUGGAAUCUCUGCUAAGCCCAUCACAAAGAACACCAAAGCAUGCAAAGCAUUGUUCAAACAGGCUAUGAGACAUCCUAAUAAAAUGUAUCUACUUAUUUAGAGAUGCACUGAGAAUAAGGCUUGUGACAGAAAUUUCUGAUUUCCUGCCUCUGUUCAGUUAAUAAAAAUUCGGUAACUAAAAAUCCAAUGUUUUUUCCCGCUCAAUGGACGCUCAAGUAUUCCCGACAGCAACCCUCUCCGGUGAGGAAGUUGUUACAUAGCGCAGAAGACUCAGUUAUUUUCAGCAUCGAUGAGGUUUUUCAAAAAUGAAGUUAGAAGAAAACUAUUGUCUACAGAGGCAUGUCGACAGUCCAGUCAACCGUACACAAACUACCUGAGUAUACCAGGAAGCAGAACGUAUUACCACAAAGUUGAUCUAUUUUAUCCUUUAGCGGAAUCCAACUUUGUCCAGGAUGGAAAGUGUUUCGAUACGGAAAUGUUGCUUCUCUUGUAGAGAAAUACACAACAGAACAGCUAUUAGUAAAGUUAAGAGCA